AUCGACGAGGAGGCCAUCAUCAGGACUGCCACUGUGUGGAAGACGCUGUCCCCAUUCUGGGGUGAGGAAUAUGAGGUGCACCUCCAGCCCACCUUCCACAGUGUCUCCAUCUACGUCAUGGAUGAGGAUGCGCUAAGCCGUGAUGACGUUAUUGGGAAGGUCUGCAUCACCCGGGACAUGCUGGCGGAGCACCCCAAGGGCUACAGUGGCUGGGUGAGCCUCAGCGAGGUGGACCCGGACGAGGAGGUGCAGGGGGAGAUCCACCUGCGGGUGGAGGUCGUGGGGAGCCAGGGCAGUCGGCGGCUGCGCUGCACCGUGCUGGAGGCCAGGGACUUGGCCAGGAAGUCCCGGAACGGCGCCUCCGACCCCUUCGUGCGCUUGCACUACAACGGGAAGGUGCAGGAGAGCACCGUGGUCAAGAAAUCCUGCUACCCCCGCUGGAACGAGACCUUUGAGUUCGAGCUGGCGGAGCCCACCGAGGAGAAGCUGUGCGUGGAGGUGCGCCGCCGAGGCAGCCUGGGCUCGCUGCAGCUGCAGGUGAUGCUGCGGGACGAGACGGUGCUGCCCAACCACUGCUACCAGCCCCUGGUCCAGCUCCUGUGCCAGGAGGUGAAGUCGGGGCGCCAGGACGGCCAAGUGCACCUGGUCACCCUCCUGGAUGAAACCACCACGGCCGAGUGCCGGCAGGAGGUCGCCAUCAACUUGGUCAAACUCUUCCUGGGCCAAGGGCUGGUCAAGGAGUUCCUGGACCUGCUCUUCGAGCUGGAGCUGGCCAAGCCCUGCGAGCCCAACACUUUGUUCCGGAGCAACUCCCUGGCCUCAAAGUCAAUGGAGUCCUUCCUCAAGGUGACGGGGAUGCCGUACCUGCACACUGUCCUGGGACCCCCCAUCACCCGCGUGUUUGAGGAGAAGAAGUACGUGGAGCUGGACCCCAGCAAGGUGGAGAUCAAAGACGUCGGGUAA